UGGCAACGCUUUUCAUUGUAUAUGUUUGUCUACAAACGUGCGGAUGUAGAAUAGGAAGAAUACAGUACAAAAUGAAAGUCAAGGUUCUGUCAAGAAAUCCAGACAAUUAUUUGAGGGAAACAAAACAUGACAUUCAUAGAAUUCAGAGAAACUAUGACCCUGCUCUUCAUCCAUUUGAAGUUGCUAGAGAGUAUACAAGGGCCUUAAAUGCAGUGAAACUGGAACGUGUAUUUGCUAAGCCAUUUAUGUUCUCUCUGAAUGGGCAUACAGAUGGCAUUCAGUGCAUGUUUAAACAUCCUAAAUCUUUGUCUCUUGUAUUCUCUGGAUCAUAUGACGGCGAGGUACGAAUGUGGAAUGUUGCAACACAAAAGUGUGUUAAUGCAGUUCAAGCUCAUGAUGGCAUUGUACGUGGACUUUGCAUGUCAACAAAUGGUGACCAUUUACUCACAGUUGGUGAUGACAAAGUGAUCAAACAUUGGAGCCUGGAAGAACCAGCAUUAACAGAACCUGUAGAGAGUAUUAUCUCUAAAACUGUUUUGACAGGCAUUAGUCAUCAUAGGAAAAAGCCAUUGUAUGCUACCUGUGGUGAAAAAGUUCAGAUAUGGGAAGGUACAAGAUCUGAACCCCUAAGGUCCCUCUCAUGGGGUGUUGAUACGGUGAAAUCAAUCAAAUUUAAUCCUGUUGAAACUAACAUUUUGGGUAGUACUUGUAGUGACCGUAGUAUUAUUUUAUAUGAUGUGAGGGAAGCUUGCCCUCUAAGAAAGGUUGUGUUAGAAAUGUGUAGUAAUGCCAUAUCCUGGAAUCCAAUGGAAGCUUUUGUUUUUGUGUCUGCUUCUGAAGAUUACAAUUUAUAUUCAUUUGAUAUGAGGAAGCUAACUUUGCCCUUUCAAAUACAUAAGGAUCAUACUUCAGCUGUCCUAGAUGUUGAUUAUUCACCAACAGGAAAAGAAUUUGUUUCAGGCAGUUAUGAUAAAAGUGUCAGAAUAUUUCCUGUAAAUUCUGGUCGAAGCAGGGAUGUUUAUCAUACUAAAAGAAUGCAGAGGCUGACUUCUGUUCUGUGGACUCUGGAUAACAAAUAUAUCCUUACUGGUUCUGAUGAAAUGAACAUUAGAAUGUGGAAAGCUAAAGCCUCAGAAAAAUUAGGCGCUCUGUCCUAUAGAGAGCGGAUGGCACUUAAUCAUUCUGAGAAACUGAAAGAGAAGUUUGCACAGCAUCCUCAAAUUCAGAGAAUAGCCAGGCACAGGCAUGUUCCAAAGCACAUUUACAAUGCUGCUAAAGAACAUCGAACCAUUCGAGAAUCCAAGAAAAGAAAGGAGGCUAAUCGUAGAGCACAUGGCAAACCUGGUACUGUACCUUAUGUGAGUGAACGUGUUAAACAUAUAGUAAAAGAAGAUGAAUAAUUGGAAAUGUGUAAAUAAAGCUUAUUUUCAUUUUGCCUUGUUA